UCUUGCCCUGAAUCCUUGGUGUCUUUAUUGCAUCAUUAAGAUGACAUCAAAAGAUUACACUAUGUUGACCUUCCAAUACCAAAAUGACAGUCAUGGAAGUAGCAUUCAAAUUGCUUACUCAGACAUCUAAUUUUUCAUUUUACUUGCUGAAUGGAGUUUGCACAUCUGAUGCUGGUGUAAAUAUGUAAUGAUAAACACAUGUACAUCACAAUAUCAAAUCAAUAUACUGUAUACUAUAUGAUGAUUAAGUCAUGCCAUGAGACAAAAUAAAUAGUUUUUUCUAAAAUAUGAAUAGAUUUUUGUUCCUACAUCUCCAUAAUAAUGAUCUUAAACAUGCUCUGCCAACAUUGGAAAACCUAUUAGUGUAAUGUUAUCUCAUUUCCUUCCUCCGUCUUUACCGUUGUUAUUGUCCUGAUGGGUGUUACUUCCGGAGUAAGUAGCCUACUGCUCAAGAUCAUGACCUGCAUGCAACUGACUGUUUUUGUGUCAGUGAAGGUAAUGACAAUGACUACUUUAAUGUCCGUGAUGUUGUUCUUGUCUAUGAAAACAGGAUUUGGCAUGGAGCGGACUGGUGUCUGUAGACCUUUUUGUACUGGGAAUGACUGCAUAACAAUACAUCAAGACAAAGUGGAUUUUCAAACAGCGGAGAAAGCAUGCCGUGACAGGAAUGGGGAACUAAUGACAUUUUGGUCUAAGACUGAUGAACGCACCCUCGACAGUUUGAGUCAAGAAUUUUAUGGAAACCUCUGGAUUGGACUGCGUUUACCAGCUUCUGCCUGCAGCAACCUUUCAGCUCCACUGAGAGGCUAUGAGUGGACCUCUGGUAAUGUGCACAGUAGCUUUAUUCCAUCCUUUGGCACAUGGAAAGACAGUGUCAAAGUCUGCUCACCACGCUGUGUGUCACUUUCAAAUGAUCAAAUGUGGACAGAGAGGCUGUGCUCGGACAAAACGGAUGGGUUUCUGUGCAAAACAAAGCACAAAGAUGCAUGCCUGGCACAUGAAUUAUCAGAUCCUAAUGUCAUCAAAAGCUCUAAAGGCUGUAAAGGUGGUCCUUGUGAACAAAUAUGCACAGAUGUAACAGGAGGUUAUGUAUGCUCUUGUUCAAGUGGAUAUAUCCCAGACAGCAAGAACCCAGAGGAAUGCAAACUACACUGUCCACAACAUAAAUGCCCAGCUAAAUGUAACGGAAACCCCAGCGAAUGCUACUGUCCUGAUGGCUUUCUAUUAAGUGAUACAUUUUGUGAGGACAUUGAUGAAUGUUUGAAUGACGGAUGUGAUCAAGAGUGUAAAAACACUUUUGGGAGUUUUGUGUGCUCCUGCGGAAAAGGAUUUGCACAAAAAAAUGAAGUUGAAUGCAUCAAAGCAGAGGGCAGUGAAAGUUUCGCUGUCACAACUCCUAUCGUCAUAGCUUUUGUUAAACCAGCCACCAAUAACCAUACACUGAAGGGCUCUUCUGUGCCUGCUGGUGGGUUUCUCUGGAUAUGGAUUUUCCUUGUUUUGGCUGUGGUUGUGUUUAUAUUUGUGAUAAGGUUUUAUGUUGUUAAGCGUCAGAAGCGCAGAGAACAACAAAACUCCAAUCCGCCGUCUACUGCUCCUGUGGAGAAUAUUGAGUGUUAAUUUCAUUCCAAACAAUGAUAAUCACCAACUCCACUGGUCCCUUUCGCAUUUCAAGUUUGGGAGACUCCUUUACAUUUAUCAGAUGGCUGCGGUCUGUAACUUCCCAGAAUAAACUUUUUUUGAGUAACAGUUUUUUUUCGGUUUUUUUUUUAUCUUGGG